AUGAUCGAUAGGUUUUACGUAGACAACAUCCCAAUAAGAGUCUACAAAAACGAAAAAGGAGUAAGCUAUCCAUCAAAGCCUAUGCAAGUAGAGGCCAGUCUCUGGAACGGUGGCGAUUGGGCAACUGAUGGCGGUCGAACCAAGGUUAACUGGUUAUACUCUCCUUUCAUUGCCCAUUUCCAAGACUUCUCCGGCCUUUCCGACUGCUACAUUGACAGUCAGAAUAAUGAUGUGGCCGCUUUUGGAUCCUCUAACUACUGGUGGAAUGCAGGCAAGUAUCAAAGGUUAAGCGGAUAUGAACAGAAAGUCUAUGAGCAUGUGAGGAACAAGUACAUGAACUAUGCCUAUUGUACCGAUCACAAUAAGUACCAAAGUUCUCCUAGAGAAUGUUAUUGA